GGCGGUUCUUUUCUGUCGAGCGUUUUCAACGCCGAUGUCACAGGCGAGUCGCGUGAGGUGCUGCGUACUCGGAUGUUCGGCCACUUAUCAAAGCACCGAUGAAUCUGGCGAAAAAGUCCGCUUCUUCGGCUUUCCCGCAAGACCCCACGAUAUUCAACGCAGAAACAAGUGGAUUGACAACAUUAGACUAGCCCGGAAAGACGUCAAAGGAGCUUGGUCACCCUCAAAAAACUCCAAGGUCUGCUCAAGGCACUUCGUUGGUAACGUUAAAGGAGAAGAUCCGCGGGAAGCCAAUUACAUCCCUACCAUCUUCCCUGUUGUGAGCAGCAAGACUGCAGAGAAGUAUAAUAGGCUCCUGAAGACGAAGCAGAACGCUAAAGCCAACCUAACUGAGCAAUCGCCGCAAAAGCCCCUUGAAGCAAGUAAAAGGCCUCGAGGUACUGGAGAAACGGAAAAUUCCUUACCGUCCUCCAAAGCAGCUACUAGAGAAGUCGCCCGUGGAACUACAAUGGAAGGACAGGUUUGCUCAUUUUUCGGUGACUUGUUUAUUUCAUGCCUUUUAACUACACUACACGAAAGUAUAUACGCGGAACACCGGGAUUUCCUAACGUUAACCGCACCAGCGAUUACGGCGUGGUUGGCUGGUCAAGCAUUAGUGCCGACUUAAAAGCGGUAGUACAGUGGACAGGCAGGUUACCUACGAA